AUGGUGCAAAGAAAAGUACCCAGCAGCAAGCUUGGAAUCCAAGCUGAUCAUGUUAAAACAGAGAAGCGGUUCGGAAAUCUGAAACCAUCUUCUUGUCAGAGCCAAGAUGGCAAGAACAGAGGAUCAGAUAUGAAAAAGAAAAUGAAAAGGUCAAGAUCAAUCAAACUUUCAGCUAUUGAGAGCUUGAAUUCAUCACCUGCUAAGCUGCCGCCUCUCAGUCCUUCGAUCAUCGCAGCAACCCCACACAAGCAGCCUAUGAUCAAAACAACUGGCAGUUCACCGAAUUACAUGAAGGCUACGAGCAGCUCCGAGGCAAGAAAAGAUCGUUCCUACAAUACUCCAACUCCCUCGGAUAGUAAGAAUCUGCGCCGGAGAAAUUCGAGCAAUUCAAAGCUCAGCUCUUCUUUUAGCGAUACACCAAUUAGGAGUCUAACUAGGUCAUCUAGUUUGAAGCGUGUGAGAACUUUAACGAAGAGUCCCAGUUUUAAACCGGUGAGAUGCGCUACAAAGAGAUGUUCCAGAGUAGCUUUAUGUGCAGAUAUAGAUGUACAGAAGGCUACCUGUUCUUCAACAUUAAAGGACUCGAAGUUUCCUGCUUAUUUGAUGCUCAAUCCUGGAGGUACAGACGCAGAAGGAACUUCGAUCCUGAAGGUCUGUCCUUAUACAUACUGCUCUCUUAAUGGUCAUCACCACGAACCUGCGCCUCCCUUGAAGAGCUUUUUGAAGGCAAAAAGACGUUCAAUGAAGGCCCAGAAGAACGCGAAACCUGUUGUGCCAUCUCCAUUUCGAGCUAAACCAUCAACUGACGGGACAGAAAAAACUGGCAAUGAGGUAUUGAUUUUUUCUGGCGAAAAGUCUCCACAGUAUGAAGCAGAUUUCUUUAUUGAAAUCUAUGCCACAAGUAUAGAUGAUGGUGCGGAAGCAACUGAAAGCCUUGCAGAUGAUGGUAACGGAACAAUUGAUUUUGCUGGAGAACACAGUGAUUCCUCCUCCAUGCAUAGCAGCGAUGCAGCAGCUGAACAAGACAACAUGCAGCAAGAUGCUGAGGAGGUGACUGAUACAUCAUUGCAGAUGGACACUGAUUAUGCAAGCACAGAAGAAGGUGAUAACAUACUUGAAGCUAGUGAUAUGGAGUGGGAAGAGGGACAACGCUCCAUCUCAGAGAUUUAUAAUGAAGUUGAACAUCUGAACAAGCCUGAGAAAGAUUUCUGCAUCAUUGGUGACUACCUUUCAGAAAGCAAGGAGCUUGAUUAUCCUAAUGAGCCUGAGAUCAUUAUAUCAGAUGAUAGGAUCAGCAACUACACUGAAGAGACUCUAGCUGAUGAGGUACUUCAAGAACUCUUUGAACAAGAAACUGCCUCCUUUGACUCACAAAGCCGACACAGUGAUCCUGAACUGGAAGGUAUUCUUGAUGAGAAGCGUGAAGAUGCUGAUCAAGAUAUCAUGGUAAAUGAUAACCAAAACCCCAUAACAGCUGAAGCUUUCCAAUUUGACACAAUUUCAGAAAUAAAUAGUUUAAGUCAAGAGUUAGCCGAUGAAAUUGUUGAGAAUCAUAUUUUACUGGAGAAAGAUCAAGAUGGAACUAACAAACUCAACACUCCCAAUGCAAUGGAUUCUCAGGAACACAGCAAUUCCGGAAUCUGUACGAUCAGUUCAGCUGAAAAUGAUGCAGCAGAAGUUGAAAAGACGGAAGCAGAAGUCGACACAGAGCCAGAUACAGCACAAUCAGUGCUUACAGCCGAUAAUGGAACCAGUCCAGGACUAGGGUCUAGAUACCAGCGACAAGGAAGGAAGUCCCAAGAACUUUCCAGCAUCUGCAAUGGGAAAUGGACAAUCCAGUGUGAGAAACCCAUCAUGGAGUCAGACGAAGAAAGGGAUUUCAAUCCAAGAGAACCAAAUUUUCUUCCUGUUAUUCCCGACCCAGAUGCAGAAAAGGUUGAUCUCAAGCAUCAGAUCAUGGAUGAUAGAAAAAAUUCUGAGGAAUGGAUGGUUGAUUAUGCACUCCGACAAGCUGUCACCAAACUUGCUCCGGCUAGAAAGAGGAAGGUGGCCUUACUUGUAGCAGCUUUUGAGACAGUCUUGCCUGUACCCAAAUACGAAACUCAUAGAAGGAAUACAUCAGCUGUCAUUUCUCACACAAGACCUAUGCAAGCAUGUAGUUGAUGGUGCUUCCAGAGGUGAUAAUGAAGAGAAAUCAGAUGGUCUACGUCAGAUAACUUGAUCUAGGAAGUACGAUAACAAGCCAGGCUUAUGUUUUAGGAGUAAACUACAAAUUCAAUAGAUUUCAAUUAACAUUUACUAGUGCGGUGGCUGAAUGGAAGUCAAAGUGUAAAUGCAGUUGACGGUUUCUCCUAAGCACAGCAGGUGAAUUGUGUGUUAUGAAGACUUUCUAGCUAAAUAAGAUAUUGUAGUAGCAGCUUUAGAUAGAGUUUGAGUGUGUUGUUGUUGUUGUUGUAGUUGUUGUAGGAGAGAACUCCAUCUCCAAAUGUUAUCAAGUUAUUAACUUAUCAUAUCUUUAAUAUUAUGUAUUAAAAAUUAUGUAA